GCCGCCUCUACCUUCGCAGGCAGCCGGCCGGGGUGCGCCGCCAAGGACAAAGGGGCUCCGCGGCGAUGCUCGGCGUGAAGAAGACCGAGAUGGGGAGGUUCAGCAUCUCCCCGGACGAGGACAGCAGCAGCUACAGCUCCAACAGCGACUUCAACUACGCCUACCCCACGAAGCAGGCUGCUCUGAAGAGCCAUUAUGCAGAUGUCGACCCUGAAAACCAGAACUUUCUACUUGAAUCGAAUUUGGGGAAGAAGAAGUAUGAAACAGACUUUCAUCCAGGUACUACUUCCUUUGGAAUGUCAGUAUUUAAUCUGAGCAAUGCGAUUGUGGGCAGUGGAAUCCUUGGGCUUUCUUAUGCCAUGGCUAAUACUGGAAUUGCUCUUUUUAUAAUUCUCUUGACAUUUGUGUCAAUAUUUUCCCUAUAUUCUGUUCAUCUCCUUUUGAAGACUGCCAGUGAAGGAGGGUCCUUAUUAUAUGAACAAUUGGGACAUAAGGCAUUUGGGAUGCUUGGGAAGCUCGCGGCCUCUGGAUCGAUUACCAUACAGAACAUUGGAGCUAUGUCCAGCUACCUCUUCAUAGUGAAAUAUGAAUUACCUUUGGUGAUCAAGGCAUUAAUGAACAUUGAAGAUACGAAUGGAUUGUGGUAUCUAAAUGGUGACUAUUUGGUUCUGCUGGUGUCACUGAUGCUCAUUCUGCCUUUGUCGCUGCUGAGAAACCUAGGAUACUUAGGGUAUACCAGUGGCCUUUCCUUGCUCUGCAUGGUGUUCUUUCUGAUUGUGGUCAUUUGCAAGAAAUUUCAAAUUCCUUGUCCUAUGGAAGUUGCUUUGCUAAUGAAUGAGACUGUGAAUACUACUUUAACACAGUCAGCAGAGCUCGCGUCCACCGGGGGUCUCAAUGCAACUGUGGCCGACUCUUGCAGACCACGCUACUUCAUCUUCAACUCACAGACUGUGUAUGCCGUGCCGAUCCUGACGUUCUCGUUCGUCUGCCAUCCUGCCAUCCUGCCCAUCUAUGAGGAGCUCAAGGGCCGCAGCCAAAGAAGAAUGAUGAACGUGUCCAAGAUUUCGUUUUUUGCUAUGUUUCUCAUGUACCUGCUUGCUGCUCUCUUUGGAUACCUGACUUUUUAUGGCCGCGUAGAGUCCGAAUUGCUUCACACAUACUCCACUGUCGUGGGAACCGACAUCAUUCUUCUCAUCGUCCGCUUGGCUGUGUUAGUAGCUGUCACCCUGACAGUACCAGUAGCUGUCUUCCCAAUUCGGAGCUCUAUAACUCACCUGCUGUGUCCAACAAAAGACUUCAGCUGGUGGCGUCACAGUCUCAUCACAGUGUCCAUCUUGGUGUUCACCAACUUGCUGGUCAUCUUUGUCCCCAGCAUCAAGGAUAUCUUUGGUUUCAUUGGUGCAUCUGCUGCUGCUAUGUUGAUUUUUAUCCUCCCAUCUGCCUUCUAUAUCAAGUUGGUGAAGAAAGAACGUAUGAAAUCUGUGCAAAAGAUUGGGGCGCUGCUUUUCCUGCUGAGUGGCAUCUUGGUGAUGAUCGGAAGCAUGGCCUUGAUCGUCCUGGAUUGGGUGCACAAUGCCUCCAAUGGCCACCGCUGAUGGGCGCCGCCAGGCUGCAGUCGUCGCGGGAUGCCAGUGUUGCGUGGACUGGACUAGAAAAUUGUACCUGACGUUUUCAGUUUCACUUCCUUUUGAAAUGCAGAUUCUUCGCUGGUUCUUCUGAAUGCAGAAUAAGUGAAUUUUAUUUUUUCCUUUUUUUAAAGAAACAUCUGUGUGUUAGGAAUGGAUAUUAACAAAACCACAAGACUUGGGUGAAGGGAAGUGACAAUUUUAUUCCAUUCCAGAGAAUGGAUGAAUUUUAACUUUUAUCAAGCCACAUGUUUGGCUGUGUCAUUGUUUAACUUGGAUAUUUUAUGAUUUUACUUGAAUGUGCCUAAUGGAACCAUUCGAUGUGAAAAACAAUUGUUAAUUUACAGCAAAGUAUUGAAAUAACCAUUGAGAAAAACGUUUUUUUUUUUGUACCAAAAAUACUUAAUGACCUCAGAUGCACUAUUUUACUUUUAAGAAAUGGCUUUUUUUGAACUUUAUCCAGAAACAGUUGUCAGUUCCAAAAUAAUUUCAUUGGUAUUUAAAAAUAUUAGUUUAAUGAUUUGCCUUUUUUGUAGGCGUUAUUAGCCAAAUGCUUUUUUACCCAAAGUAAUUUCUAGAGAAAACAGUGUAAUGAAAAAUUGAACUGUGAGUUGGGAAGAUUCUUUUCCAUUCAGACUUCACUGUAUUUGAAGGAUAAUUGAGUAUAUGUUGCUACACCAAAUCAGAUGAGCUCUGUUCAUCACUUACCUGUCCCUAAAUAACACUUCGGUUCAUCUAGACAAAGUACGUUUUGGUCUUCAACCUGGUAAAGUGGAAAAUAAUACAGAUAUUUCUGUGGGAAUAAAGCAAUUCUGAGGUACCAAAUAGUGCAACUGGGUAAAACGGGGCUUCCUCGGUUGCAUCCGUCCUGGGGCUGUGUUGGCAGCUCUGGACUCUUUUUGGGCCAGCCCUUUUUUUGACCUUGCUUCCAGCUGUGAGAAAUGGGCAUUUGGGUGGCGAUAAGCCGAAACCAUUCUAUUCAGAGAGUACAGCUUGUUUAAAUGCCCACCUACUGGAGGUGUGAUUUACUUGACAAUGUAUGGCUUAGUUGUCUCCGUGUUUUGUCUACAGUAGAAGUCUAAUCCAUGUUACACCUAUAUUUGGUAUAAGUUCUCCUCAUAUAGGCCAAUGGGUUUUUCAUGCAGUAAGCUUUCUCAGAACUGGUUUGCACUGAAUUGUCAAUCUCAUUCUUGUACAGUGUAGAAUUAUUUGUUUACAUCCAACAAAUGAUUAGGGGAAACAGUGCAACCUGAUCAUACUAGUUCUCUUCCAACUGCAUGUUCACCCUUCCAUUUCAGUUCCACUUAGAGGCGGCAAGAUUGCUUUGAAACUCUGCUUCAAGAGCACAUUCGUUGUACGUUACAGUGUGUGGUGAAUACGUUAUUGAGUAAUGUGGUACUCUGCCCAUCUGGCAUAAUGUCGAAUCUAAUAUAAUUCCAGUAAGUGGUUGAGGGAAACAAUUGAAUUAUCAAUUAGUUUUCUGGCUCUAAGGUUGUCUCUUGAAUUAAACAUCUUUAGUUUGAAGCAAGGGCCAGAAAUAUGACAGGCAUGGUUUUGUUACGCAUUCUUGUAUUAUAUGUGACUAAAUUUAUACACAAGAUGUAUUUGUACUUAGAGGCCCUUACAGAACUGGAAGACAUCUUGUAGUGCUACCUUGGGUGAAACCAAUGGUCCAUUUUUGAUUUUACAAAGAUAAAAUUCUUGGGACCAUCUAGAAAUCAAAAGGCAGUGAGAAGACAAAUUCUACAGCACUGCUCUCACUUAACUGGGCUUUGGACACUCCAUUUGAAUCCAGAACCUCACCUGUAGUUCAGACCAAAAAUUGGCACUUUCACGGGUUCCUGGAGAAAGGAUUCUAUUCCUGAGACCUACUUACCAAGCAAGGAGCUGUUUUCUACAGUUCACACCCUUCUGUGAAGUACGUGGGAACCCGGAAUGAAAACAGGAAUCUUCUCAAACAGCAAGUCAGUGUACAGAGGCUCCCCCUUGAUCCUUGGCUGUUGGAGGUUCAAAAAGAACUCUUGGGAUAAAUUCCAUCGCAAGCUCUUGGUCCCGACACGGUGGACUCCCAUUAAUGAGCAGGCUUCAGUAUUAACACCACUGUCUUGUCACCUUGUUGCGCAUUACCGUCUUCCGUGGAUGUUUCAGUUAACUGUAAUGUUAUUUAUAGAACACCAUUAAUCCAUUAAAGCUAACCUAUUUUUCAAUAUUUAUGAUAAUCUAUGUACAUACAGCAUCUGUCCAUAUGUAUUUGUAAAUAGGUUGUAUAUAUCAGGAUUGGGUCUUGGGGUUCAAGUGUAUAUAUUCCUGUAAGUUUCUUAACUGCAUUUUGAUGAAUUCACAUUAUAUAUGUCACAAAAGCACCUGUACAGAGAACUCGAUAUAAAAUUGACGAAUUAUGUACAAAUACUUAACAUUUAAAAUAUUUGUUAAAAAAUUGUUAUUUGUAAUAAACUGGUUGGACAUCAAAUUUUUUUCACAUAAACUGGGUGCAAGUUCAAAUCUCUUAAAUUCUGAAUGAGGUCCAGAGUUUCAAAAUGCAGCAGUUCCCAGAAUAUGCUCUCACAGAAUGACCUUUGGAGAGCCCAGGCGUGUGGACUCCGUUUGCAUAGUGUAAAUACCCCACUGUACCGUUAGAGGCCAGCAGUCCCAGCGCGAGGCUUGCUGGCAGUGAGCUCUACACCGUUUCAAUGAAACAAUGUACGUUUGUUUUAACUAAACUAAAAUAAAUACACGCUUAAUCCUGA